UGCUACCAUGUUUGCUUCCGUGAAUGACAAAAUGUUUCUCUUUCUUCUCCUUCUUCUUCUUGCAACUUUAUGCGUCCAGCCGCCCCUUGUCCUGCUAGCUCAACCCCUACAGCCCACCUCCCAUAUCACCGUACAAGGUUCAGUUUUCUGUGAUGCAUGUUACGAUAACACUUUCUCACGGCGCAGCUACUUCUUGCCAGGUGCCCAAGUGCAUAUUCAGUGCAAAUUCAGAGCAAUCUCGCCCGGAACAACCGAACAGAUAACCUUCUCAGUCAACAGAACUACGAAUAGACAUGGAAUUUACAACCUGGACAUACCAUCCGUGGAGGGAAUUGACUGCACCGGACACCCGGAUAUUCAAUCAUUCUGUGAAGCAAGCUUGAAAGGGAGUUUAUCUUUGGCUUGCAGCGCUCCGGGGCUUAGGAGAACAACUAAUGAGAUCACAAUCAAAUCAAAACAGAACAAUCAAUGUAUAUACAGCCUGAGUGCUCUCAGUUAUAGACCAUUUACAAGGAAUGUCACCUUAUGUGGGAAUAAAAAGAUGAGAUUGCCAUACUCUUUCAAUUCCUCCAAGUUUUUCUUACCUUAUUUUCCUCCCUACUAUGGGAGCAUUCCAUGGCCCCCCUUGCCCCAGUUACCACCUUUGCCUCAAUUGCCCCCAUUUCCGUCAUUCCCCUUCCCUCCCCUGCCACCAUUACCAUCUCUUCCUCCCCUGCCGCCAUUACCAUAUUUACCUCCGUUUCCAUCGUGGCCUUUCCCUCAAGUACCAUAUCCUAGACCUCCUCCAUCACCACCGUCCUUCACAUUCCCUCCUCUUACUCCCUUCCCUCAAGCACCUCCCCUGCUUCCUCCACCUGCAUCUUAUCCUGGAGAUCCUAGAACUUGGAUACCUAAUUAUCCUCGAUUUCCUCCUCCCCCACCACCAGUACCACCAAAAUUUAAUCUUGGAGACCCAAGAACCUGGAUACCGUACCAUCGUCCAUCUCCUCCCACAACCCCACAAGAACAGCACCCCUAGAUACCAGCUAUAAAAUCUCACCUCGCCUCCGCUUAUCUACGGCUUUACUAUAAAAGAAAACAGGUGUCGACUAGUGUCGGGUAAUCAUAGUAAAAUAUAGAUUGCUUCAUGAGUUCAAGAAAUUGGCGAAAUGAUAAAAUAAAU